CCAAGUAAAACAAAUGCCUCAAUUAAUUUGGCGUAGUCUUCUCGAACUUCAACAAACAAAUAUAUAUUUUGUUGUUCCUAGUGGGCUUUAUUAAUUUAUUUAGAAGCCAAUCAGACAUGUACAGCAGGUCCUUCUCAGUUUGACUUGUUUAAUUGCUACCUAUUUCUUCCUUUUUUUUUCUAUCAUCUCUGCCAUAGAAUUUUCCAUUUCAUAGAUGGUCUGCUCCCCUGCUGCAAGCAAAAGCUGAUUUUUUUUGGGGGGUCAGGCAAUAACCUUCGUGAGAGUGUUUCUCUUGAAACCUGAUGGUUUCUUUUAUCAGUUUUUGCUAUCAUCUAAAGAGAUGAUCAUCAACCUGGAAAGGAAAUAAAUUUGAAGAUUGAGGGCGAGUUUCAAAGAAAAUAAACAGUGGGGAAGAAGAUAGAAAAACAAUCUAGUUUGAGAAAGAACAUUGGAGAACAGUUUAGUUUACUUGUUGAAUCUCAGGAACUAGGCCUUCAUGGAAGGUGAAAGUCAAGAAUCCAACAAUGCCUCAGAAGCAAAGCCAGCAGAUGUUUUCAGGCCAAGUAGUAUGGGAGUCAAGAAAGCACUUACGAUGAUACCUCCUCAUAUCAUAGCCGAGGCGAUUUCGACCCUUACUGGUCUUGAUCUCAGAUGGUCAGGUCCUAUAACACCAGCGGAAAGGCAAUAUGUAGAACAAUAUGUAUUGGCCAAGUACCCACAGUAUGCAGGCCUAGAUGGAGAAAAGAUAGAUCUCUCUUGUCUUUGCAUCGAUGAGGAGCCAACAGAUCAAAUCAUGGCUGACGAUUGGCGAAAGUCGCCUAGAAAUAUUCCAAGAGAGUCUUCGACACCAUCCUUUGGAAGCAAUCUCCCUAACUUGGAGGGUACCCAAUUGGAACCAUCAAGAUUGUUAGACAUUCUCAACAAGAAGUCUUCGUUUCCAGGGAGUUUCAUCUCUAUCCCAGAAAUUCAAGCUCAAAAUAAAGUUCUAAAGCACUGUGGAUUGCCUGAUGAAGAGUACCUUGUUUUGUUCACUCCAAGCUAUAGGCAGGCCAUGAUGCUAGUAGGGGAAGCUUAUCCAUUUUUCAGAGGAAACUACUACAUGACAGUUAUAAGAGAAGAACAUGAUUGCAUUAAAGAAUUUGCUAGUUUCAAGGAAUCCAAAGUGAUAGAAGCGCCAGAAACUUGGUUGGAUUUGAGGAUUAAAGGAUCUCAACUUAGUCAGUACUUCAGAAGGAAGUGCAAGCACAGUCCUAAAGGGUUGUUUUCUUAUCCAGCUGACGUAAAUGGGACUCGAUACUCACUGCAUUGGGUUUCGGAGGCUCACAGGAACUCUUGGCACGUCCUUCUUGACGCAACUGCAUUUGUUGUUGGUGGGGAACGGUUAAACCCUCUUCUACACAGGCCUGACUUUGUGUUGUGUAGUCUUGACAAUACACAUGCAAAUCCCUCAAGGAUCAUUUGUCUUUUAAUCAGGAAGAAAUCAUUUGAUACUACAAUGGCAUCAUCUCAAGCAGCUGAAUGAUUAACAUUUUGUUAAAUGACCAUGCACAAGAAUAUGCUUAAGCUUGAAUGUAAAAUCCAUUUUAUGGCAUUUAGCAUCUCUUGAACUGUAAAAGAUCAAAAUUUCCUUGAUAUAUAUACUAAAUAAAUUUGUACUGAUUCUUGUAACUGAAGCAGCAUGAUGGCCAGAGAAAAUAACCACAAUCAGAAUUCAAAUGGCAGCAAAAACAAAGCCCAUCAAGCUAAGUUUGAGAGUUCAGUUAGCAUACGUAUGAACUAAUAUCUUUAUUGUUUUGUAACAAGUUUUGUAUAAAUGUUAGCCAAACCAUAGGAGUUGUUUUUUUUUUCC